AUGCCUACAGUAAAUGCAUAUGCUUUAGCAACAGUUUUUUUUGUCGCUUCUUAUUUUUUUAACUGGCAUGCCUUAUUAUCAACAGAUUGGUUGGUUUUGGACAUACCACCAUUUAAUAAACGAAUGAGCUAUGGAUUAUUCCAGGUGUGUACAAAUCUUUUGAUCAAUGAGUGUAGACCAUUUCCAUCAACAAGUUACAGAGAUUGCGAAGAAAAAUAUUUUUGUGAAGAAUGGAUUCUAUCAUCUAGUCUUAUGGUAGCAGCGUCAGCUAUAGGAGGACUAACGUUGCUUUAUUUAAUGUUUGUAUUAAUUGGUGGUAGAUAUGCAAGGGAAACAUCUUGGAUUGACUGGACUGUUGGUAGUAAUAGUCGAUAUGGAUAUUAG